AUGGAUUUAGCAAGUUUACCACCAGCUUUAAAACCAAUAUUACCAUAUUUAAAACAGGCACUUCAAUUAGAAAAACAUGAUUUAGUCAUGGCUUAUUUUUGUAGAGUUUAUGCAGCAACUUUAGCAUUAGAUAUUAAAAAGAAAAUGGGUCCAGAGGGGUCGUUUUUAAGUGUUCCAAUUGUUAAAAUAUUAGAUCAAGGUGACAAAGAUAAAGAAAAAUUAGGAUCAAAGUUAACUGAUAUAGCUGACGAAAGUAAAUAUGUUGAAGGAUUUGCAAUGAGAGCAUUCAAAUUUGCUGAUGACCAAGAUCGUGCAGGUAAAGCAAAUAAGGCCACAUCAACUACAUUUUAUUCAGCAUAUUUAUUUUUUAAUGUUUUAGAAAACUUUGGUGAACCAAGUGAAGAGGUUAAAUUAAAAAAGAAAUAUGCAAGUUGGAGAUCAGUAGAUAUUAAUAAUGCUAUUAAAAAUGGUGUUGCACCAUCACCACCACCGGCAAUUGAAGAGCCUGAAAGCAGUGAUAAUGGUAUUACAAGUCAAGAGGAGGAUGAGUUAAAAAAACUCGAAAAAGAAUUAGCAGAGUCUGCUAAGAUACAAGGUUUCAAUACUAAUGGUUAUGAUGACAUGUCAACUUCACCACAAAAUAAUAGUAAUAGUAAUAGUAAUAUGUCAUCAUCAUUUGAUUUUCCAUCAGCACCAAAAUCAUUUGAUUUUGAUGAACCAUCAACAAAUAGCGAUAAUAAUAAUAGAAAUAGUUCACUCAAUAAUAGUUUUUCAUUUCCAACCUUCCCAUCAGCACCAACUAAUACCAAACCUGCUUUUCCAUCAUUCCCACCAACACCAAAUCAAUUAGGUGAUAGUACAAAUAAACCAGCUUUCCCAUCAUUCCCAUCAACACCAAACCAAUUAAGUGACAGCACUAAUAAGCCUGCUUUUCCCUCAUUCCCAUCUCCAACAAACUCCAAUAAUAGUAAUAAACCUGCUUUUCCUUCAUUCCCAUCACCAACCAACUCUAAUAACAGUAAUAGUAGCAAUAGUAAUAAACCAACAUUCCCAACAUUCCCAUCACCAACAGAUAAUAGAAAUAGUUCACUUGGUAAUAGUUUAAAUUUUCCAUCUUUCCCAUCACAAAAAAACAAUGAUAUGUCAAAUUCUCUUAGUAAUAGUUUUAAUUUCCCAUCAGUUAGUUCAAAAGAACCAAGCUAUAAUGACGAAGAGUUUGAAAUUAAACCAUAUAAUAACAAUAAUAUGAAUAAUAGCUAUCAUGAAUCAUCAUCACCACCACCAUACGAAUUUAAUAAUAAUAAUAAUAGUAACAAUAGAUCAUCACCACCAUCAUAUCAACAACAAGAUUCACAACAAAACCAACAAUUAUUAUCAGAAAAUGAAGAAUUAAAACAACAAAAUCAACAACAAUUACAAAUUAUUCAAAAACAAAAACAACAACUUGAACAACAACAAAAACAAUUCCGAUCAUUUAUGAACGAACUCGAAGAACAAAAAAAACAAAAUGAACAAUACCAAAAUGUUAUUAGACAACAAAAACAACAAAUUACAGCAAUGCAAAUGAAUGGUGGAGGUGGUGGUAACUUUAACUACAAUCCAAAUUUCGAACCAAAUGAAGAUCAAAAAUCAGAUGCUCAAAAAUAUGCUAAAUGGGUUGUUUCUUCCCUCCAAUUUGACGAUGCUCAAUCCGCUAUUAAAAAUCUUAAACUUUCUUAUAAGCUUUUAACCGGAGUAGACCUUUAA